AGCGAACCUGUGGAAGGAGGAGGCGGGGUGAGGGGGAUGGGUCGUUGAAUGAUAGUCCAGAAGGGGAGACGGUUCCAUACAGAGCAGGUGAGAACUAGUGAGGAUGACGAUGCCGCAUGUAGGGGCAGUAUUUGCAACUAUAGCAGGAGUGAUGGCCAUCCUGUUACACUCUUCAAUUCACAAGAUAGAAGAGGGACACCUUGCUGUGUACUACAGGGGUGGGGCAUUGUUGACAUCACCCAAUGGUCCUGGAUAUCACAUUAUGCUGCCUUUCAUCACAACUUACAGAUCAGUGCAGACAACGCUUCAAACUGAUGAGAUCAAGAAUGUGCCUUGUGGAACAAGCGGUGGUGUGAUGAUCUACUUUGACAGAAUAGAGGUGGUCAACAUGCUGGUUCCUUUAGCAGUGGUGGACAUUGUGAGGAACUACACUGCUGAUUAUGACAAAACUCUGAUUUUCAACAAGAUUCAUCACGAACUGAACCAGUUCUGCAGUGUACACACGCUACAGGAGGUCUAUAUUGAACUGUUUGACAUCAUAGAUGAAAACCUGAAGACUGCUUUGCAAAAAGAUCUUAAUGUUAUGGCCCCAGGGCUUACAAUACAGGCAGUCCGUGUUACCAAGCCAAAGAUCCCUGAGGCUAUCAGGAGGAACUUUGAACUCAUGGAAGCAGAGAAGACUCGUCUGUUAAUCACAGCUCAGACUCAGAAGGUGGUGGAAAAGGAAGCAGAGACUGAAAGGAAGAAGGCUAUUAUUGAGGCUCAGAAGGUGGCUCAGGUAGCAGAGAUCCAGUUUCAGCAGAAGGUGAUGGAGAAGGAGACAGAGAAGAAGAUCUCUGAAAUUGAAGAUGCUGCAUUCCUGGCGAGAGAGAAAGCUAAGGCUGAUGCAGAGUAUUACACUGCUGCCAAGUUUGCUGAAGCAAAUACGUUGAAGUUAACCCCCGAGUAUCUGGAGCUGAUGAAGUACCAGGCCAUUGCAGCCAACAGUAAGAUCUACUUUGGGCAGGACAUCCCUAACAUGUUUGUCGAAGGAAACAACAGCCCCCCCAAGUCUGCACGCCCCCCUAAUCUCCCCAACAUCGAACCAGACUUGCUUAAAGCCAAGCUAGAGGGACAGUGAGUCGAUGAUCUGCCUCUGCACAGGACAAUGAAACCUGCUGUGCACUUGUCUUAAAGUAAAGGUGAUUGGUGGGAUAGCAUUGCGGCUAGUUUGAUGAACAGCACACAUUAGUCUUAAUCUAAAUGGCAAAGAAAGGUUGAACGACAAGGGGAAGUGAGAGGUAGGAAGUGCAAGCUAAAAGGGACAGAAUAUUGUUUUUACCUUCCACUCUUUUGAGAAAAGAGGUAAGAACGAGACUAAUGCCAUAGUUAAAAAUCUACAGCAUAAUUAAAUGCUUAUGCCUGGGAAGGCGACAGCAAGUUGUCGCCCUAAUCUAUGUGUGCUUGCAAUCAGUGCAGUGUUUAUUUUGCUUAUGAUCUGCAUUAAUUUUGUUUCUUGUAUGCAAGAGGAGUGAUUUGUGAUUAAAACAAAUAUGAUUUUGAGAAAUAAUAUGCGGUUAAAGUGAACUGGAACCUGACAGGUGACACUAAUUAUUAGCAGGACGGUCCAUGUGAGAGUUCAUGAUGAUGAUGGUAGGUCGUCUGUGCCAUCUUAACUGAGUCACUGGCUGGCUCUUCUCUCUCAAUGUGAAGGCUGUUUAUUCACCUUGUAUCACAUGCUGCUGGUGGAUUAAUUCAAGAGCUUCGAGGUUAUGUACCAAGAGAGUGUAUCGCUACAUGGAGGUGACGUACUCGUACAGCUGGAUGAAACAGUACGGAUCCACACUCAAAAUCUACCCAUGCAAUAUUUUAUCAAAGAUACAGUAACUUCCAAAUAACAAGUGACCUGACUUUGCUCAGUUAUUGCCUGAACCCACAUAGAUCCAGGUGCUCAAGUCUUUUAAGUCGGAGGUUGUAGUUUCUAUAGUUAAUAUACUGUACAGUGUAGUGUAAAUUUUUGUAGUUCCUAAUGUUUAGUGGGUGGUAGACUGGUGAUAGUUUGCAGGCGAUUAGCUGUGAUAGGGCAGCAACCACAGAAAGACUUAAGGUGUUGCACUAAGACGUAAACUGUGGCAUUAACUGUGAAACCAUAAAAAAAAGUUUCCAGCGCUGCUAAGACGAGCCAAUUUCCCUCUAUAAUCAUUCAUUCAAGAUUAGAAUUAAAACGGUUCAUUUAGAGAGGGUUGUUUUCUUUCAUCCAUCUAGUUUAGUUCUACCUUGUUUUGUUUUGGGUUUUUUUUCUUUUUUGGGCUGUGCAUGUGGAAAUUUCAUAGUGGCUUGAUUUAAGAUAAGUAGUGCCUGCUGCGACUGUCUUCUGACUCUGUUGUUGUCCAGCUUACUCCAAUAUUUUUAAAUGCUAAUUCUCAGGAAAUUGGUCUUUAUUUUUAAUUCAACAGCCUCUUGGCGUUCAAGAGGAUAUCACUAUGACUUUCUGAGUCUCCUUUAAAUAUUUGAGGUAAUACUUUUCAUUUUCUUUUUUAUGUUUCAUCAUACCAAUACUGAGAUGUGCUUGAGCAUGGCCAUUAGAGCAGUUUGGGUUUGAGGGAGUCUGGUUCCACUGGGAAGUUUCAGGUGUGACUGUGGGUAACUGUGUGAGUCGGGGGGACUCUGAACAUGAGGGUGAUGGUUUGUCAAAAUAGACGUGAUGCAAACAAAAGCUUCUUUCCUCUUUGAUUGUUUACAUUUUUCUGUAAUUCAAGAAUUCAGAUGUUGAGGUUUUUCUAAGCAAGAUUCUUUCAAAAGCAAAACAUAGCUCUUAAUUAUUAGAGUAAUAAAAAUAUCUUUAACCUCUGAUCAGUUAGGUGACAAAACGAGGUCAAGUAUGAAUGAAAAAUGUUGAAUUCAUGCAGGAACGCAAGCUAAAAUAAAUCUAUGUUGGUGCUAGUGAUAUAUAUUAAAUUUUUCUUAUGCUCUAUGUCACUAAACUAAACGUUCAAUAUUCAGAAUUCACGCCUUAAAUAACCACGAUUCAUCCCUGAUGUUUAAAAAUUCAGUGCUUUUAAGUUAGUAAAAGGCUACGGUUGAACUUUGCAUAUGAGACUUGUUCUGAAGAACUUGCACAGACAGCGUAACACAACCUCAAUAUAGACUGAGAAAACACAACUAACAGUGGACACUACCGGUGUUUGGAAGAUGUCCUGAUGUUUACUUGACCUCUGAAUGGCAGUUUAGAACUGCACUCUCCAUUUGAUUUGGUGGUGGGUUUAAAUAAAGAUGCAAGAGGGGUUUAAAUCACUCACAGAUGAUUUUGAUUUAAAUGAUUUGUCAAUUUUUUUGUACAAUCUGUGAAAUUAAACAUUGUCUCCUUGUUUUAAAAGGUUUAUAUGCAAAAUGUUUUCAAGUUUUGACACUGUUCUUAUGUAAAAUAAAACCUAUUUUGGUA